UACAGAUUGAACAAAAUGUUCAUUACAGCUCGUUCAAUCUGUAAUGAAAGUCCCCAACUUGUUCAAUCUAUGAAUCUGCCAAAAUGUUCAAUCUGUAAACAGAUUGCCAUGAAAAUCAAUACUGAUUUUCAAUCUGUUAAUAAUUCAUGAUUGCCAAAAAUGCUAUUUAGAUUGCCAGAAAUCUAAACAGAUUGCCAGAAAUGCUACUAAUAAUUCAAGAUAACCUCAUUUUAAUGAAUUUGUGUACAUGUUAUUCAAUGCUUCUUGUUUACAUGUUUUGUGAACUGUAUAUAAAUCUGGCUUUUUAUCUUUUGUUUCCCUCCCAACAUCAUUGAAGAUAAUUUGCUAGAGGAAAAUCAAUAAAAUUAGAGGAUGAUGACAUCAAGAAAGUAUGGUAAGCUAAGAUUAGAGGAUGAUCACAUAUAGUCAAUAAGAACCAGCUAAAAGUGCAUGGGGGGUGGUAUGCUUGAAUGCUUAGGUGACUUGUGAGAGACAUAUGGACAGUUUUUUUUGUAACAUUCAUCUAUAAGAAUUUUGUUCCUGAAAAGGCUUCACCAAUGUACCAUAUUGACAGCAAAAUAAUUAUUUGAGUUUUAAAAAGAAGUGCCCCUUAGAAACACCAAUACUAUCUUCAGGAUUGCAAUCUUUGGUGAAAAUAAUUCAUCAAACUGCUGCAGAUCAGAUCCCAUGUGAACUGUGGGCUCACAACACCCUGUCUAGCUAUUGCUUGCUCCUUUGAAUUUUGCUCCUUGGCUUCAUUUAACUAGGAAAUAGUGAAGACUUGACCAAACAAUUCAAGCCGGGAAAUGAUAUUGAAACAGAAUUUUUAUACAAAAUUUAAGACAACAAUAAUAUAGCAAUGAGAUUUUUACAAUUACGAACAACAGUGAUUAAUAUUUUGACUUCCAACAAAACCUUAUAUGUACAGCGAAAGCAUUCUAAUGGCCAACUGACACUUAGAGACCAUAGCUAGGAGAACAAAUGGGAUUAGAUACUUGGAGAGAUUUUCAUAAUGGCUUCAAAACCUCAAGAGACACUGAUAGGUCGACCUCACAUGAUCUUAAAACUAAAGCAAAAACCCAAUUAGUUUUAAGACAGAUGGUCAAAGCAAUCUUAAUAGAUUGAAACCAUCAUUAAUUCCUACUAUGAAUCUUGCUUUUUAUCUUGUAAUUUAAGUGCUACAUAUUCAUAGAGCAUUGAAGACAUGAAAGAUGGAAUCAUGGUUUGAAAUUAAUAUUCAAAUAUUAUGAAUUUUGUUUAUGCAAAUUAAAAAUGGCUUCUUCUUCUACUAACAGCAGCAACAUUAGAUUAAGACCAAGAAUAUGUGAUUGUGGGAAAACAACUGCAAUGUAUAUUGUACGAAUCAACGAGAAUGGAAAUCAAGGGCAUCUCUUUUUUGUUUGUCCAUCCAAAUAUAGUAAUAGUAACGAAGAACACUGCAAGUACUUCAAGUUUGCAGAUGAUGAUGAUGGGGACAUUACCUCGACAAUCCAUUCCAAUAAUGGACCUCGUAAAGCUAUCCGAACAGAAGAAUUGAAUGAUGUCAGGGCAAAGCUUUCUGAGAUGGAACAGAAAUACAUAACCAUGGUAGAAGGCUUCAAAGGAUGGACAGCAAAUUUAACACUAUGAUUUAUGCGAUUGUAGUGUGUAUCAUUUGGUACUUUAUUAAGUAAGAAUUGAAAUGCUUGACUGUUAGUUUUUGGGAAAUUUGAUGAAUGUAAUUAUGGAUGUAAUGGAAUAGUGUUUGAAUGGAUGCAAUGGACAUGUUAACUUUAUUGUGGAUGUAAUGGAUAUGUUAACUUUAUUAUGGAUGUAAUGGAGAUGUAAACUUUAUUAUGGAUGCAAGUUCAUUAUAGAUGAGUGGAAAAGAUUUAACA